AGGCACGUUGUCUUGCUAGAUUGCUACAAGUUAAUUGUGUAUUUUUCUUCCCAUAUAAUGGCAUUAGGACCACAGGCAAAGAAAGAAUUUAGGGUGGUAAGGUGAAAGUUGAUAUGGCUCACUGAGAAAGGAAAUGAGUCACGACUGUCUCAGAGAACACCCCCCAUCAGCACUCCUUAUACUCCACUGCUUCUUCAGGGGCUUUUUCAUCCAGCACAUAUGGUAAUAGCUGUCUGUGUGCAAUCCACAGAGACUGCAUGCUCUGCUGCUGUUGUUUCUUAUGCAAGUGGUCCCUUCCGAUGGGGCCUCGCCCUCUCACGCAUCUCAAGAGCAGAGUCUUCCGUCGGCCUUGACCAGUGCCUUUCGCUGGAGCCUGGAGUACGACUUGUGUGUGUGUCACAGUGACGAUGACUACAGCGAGGCCGAAUGUCUGGUCUCCUACCUCGAGGAUACGGUCAGAGGCCUGCGCUGUUUUCUGCCAAUGCGAGACUGUCCUCCCGGUAGCCCUAUACCCACAGAGCUGUGCAGGGCUGUACAGAACAGCCACUGCUGGCUAUUCUUGAUGACAUCACAUUUCCUGCAGAGUGAGUGGUGUAUUUACCAGAUGCACCAAGCGUUGGCAGAAGCACCCAUGUCAAACAGGAUUAUACCCACAGUCCUUCAUUUGCCGUACUCAAGUUGUCCAAAGGAGAUACGCUUCUAUUACAUUAUAGACCUGAUCCCAAAAGCUGGAAAGCAUGAAUAUGAUCGGGUUUACAAGGCAGUACUUCAAUAUCUGGAAGGUGGUGUGGAGAAGGACAACAGUAGCUCAACCUCUACAGCUGCCAUUUCUGACACGGAAAAAGAUUUCAGUUCCUUACCGAAAACGGAUGCAAAUGUGCUUCAUCGUUCAACCGCAGGGCAACAGAAGUCUCCACAGUCACGUAAGGUGUGCAACAUCAUGUGAGCUCAUUGUUUACCGGGAUUGGGAAGUGACGUUGACAAACACCUCAUCUCAAGAAGACCAAGUAUUUUACCUUUAAUAUGAUGCAUAUUUUCUGCACAAUGCAUUUAAGCCAUUGUGUAAAAUGAAUAGUAGAUUA